AUGUGUACGAGAUUUUGUAUAUUGUCUCGAUCGAAACCUGCCACGGACAGUCGAACAAGCACUGGCAGUGGUUCCGCUAUGAAGAAUUUCCCUGAGUUAGAGGAUUUCAUAGUGAAACGAGACUAUGUUGGAGCUCUUACUAUGCUUGAGUUUCUAAAACAUGAAGGCAAUACAGACGCCUGGGCGGAUGUAUGGUCAGCAUGGUGUUGGUUCCACCUUGGGGAUUACAUGCAAGCGUUGGAGCGUUACCAGCGAGUGCAGGCGAGGGAGAAACUGGAUGAGAGAAUUGCUGAUAAUGUGGCUAUCGAUAUUGCUGUCUGCUACUUCUAUUUAGGAAUGUACAAAGAAUCCCAAGCAAUGGCAGAUAAAGCACCUAAAUGUGAAUUGAAAACCCGUCUUCAAUUCCACUUAGCCCACAAGCUGGGCGAUGAGGAGUCUUUGAUGCGAGCGCAUUCUACCCUCCGUGACAUGCCCGAAGACCAACUCAGUUUGGCUUCUGUGCAUUACUUGCGGGCGCACUACCAAGAAGCUAUCGACGUUUAUAAGAAGUUACUAUUGGAUCGACGAUACAAAAGAUAUGAAAAUGAUGACUUAAAUUGGACCAAAGUUCUGUCUCAUAUUAUCACACCUGGCACCUACAUGGCUCUGAACGUGUACGUAGCUUUGUGCUACUAUAAAUUAGACUACUACGACGUCUCACAAGAAGUUCUGGGAGUGUACCUAACACACCAUCCUACUUCUACCGUCGCUAGCAACUUGAAGGCGUGCAAUUUAUUCAGACUAUACAACGGCAAAGCAGCUGAAAACGAGCUAAAGCAGAUAUCGUCUGAACAACACACUUUCGGACAGGACUUGGUUAAACACAAUCUCGUUGUGUUUAGAAACGGAGAAGGAGCUUUGAAAACUCUACCAGAGCUAAUAGACGUGGUGCCGGAAGCUCGGCUGAACUUGGCAGGGUAUCGCCUGCGCACGCGCGAACCCCUCGAGGCGCGGGCACUGCUCGAGCCGCUUCAAGCUACCUCGCCGCUACACUACAUUCUACGUGGCGUUGUUGCUGUUAGCUUGUACAAUGAGAGUGGCGAUGACGAACAAAUAAAGCUAGCUCAACAAAGUUACCACCUGGUGGGCAAUUCAGCGUCCGAGUGCGAUACGAUUCCCGGCCGGCAGUGCAUGGCCUCCUUCUACUUCCUCGCCGGGCAGUUUGAGGAGGUGUUGGUCUAUCUUAACUCAAUCAAGAGCUUCUUUGUCAACGAUGACACUUUCAAUUUUAAUUAUGCUCAAGCAAAAGUGGCAACGGGAUUCUACCGGGAGGCGGAAGAGACUCUUCUCACAAUGCAGGAUGAGAACAUGCGGAGCUCGUUCACGUUCCUCGCCUGCCUGUGCCGCUGCCACGUCAUGAACAAAGACGCGCAUCUUGCUUGGGAGAUCUGCAUUAAGUCAGCGGGUACGCCAGACAGUUUCGCACUGCUGCAACUGGUGGCCAACGACAGCUACCGCAUGGGGCAGUUCCUCGUGGCAGCUAAGGCUUUCCACAUGCUCGACAGAUUGGAUGGCGGGCCAGAGAUGUGGGAAGGUCUCCGAGGCGCGGUAUGUGGGUGUGCACAGAUGGCGGCAGCGGGACGUCCCAACGCCUCCGCAGAUUUGCGCGAGGCACUGGAUCUGCUCAAAGGACACAGGGCACAUCCACGAGCGGACCAAAUAGUACGCCCUAUAACUCGCUGGGCCCAACAGAGUCGAAUCUCUAUUUAAUUAUCUAAUAUAGGAUACCUAUAACAAACAACGCCAACGUAAAAACACUUACGUCACACUGAUCAAAUGCUGUUGCAAAUGCGAUCACGUAGCUUGACUACACUGACUGACCCACACCCUACACUGACCCACCCGAAAAUAUCAAUGAUGUACAACCGGGUUGCAGUUCAUGGGAUAUGACAAAGAAUUACGACACUAUUUAGAAGGUUUAAUUUGAAUAUUUUUUAAAAUUUUGAAGUCUGCUUAAUGGAUGAAUAUAGUUUGGUUUUAAUUUAAAUUAUAGUCAUGUUAAAAUGUUUCUAUAUUUUUUAUAGAAAGUUUUUUCUAUAUUUUUAAGAUUA